GUGAUAGCCCUGAUGAAGUGAAUGUAGCCGCGAAGUCAGCACAGGUCUCUCCGUUGGUCAAGCCGGAAAUACCGCUGUUGUUGUCCCUUCCGAGGUAGGCCGAGGGGGUCGUGGCCGCCCAGCCGUUAUUUUCUGUCACAUCCCGAGCCAGGGCAGGGUGUGGCCGUGCCGAUGUGGUGUGCCCCCUCCCCAGCAGGCAGGCAGGUUACUGAGUCACUGGUGAGGUGCCGGGGCGUGCCGGGGAGGAGCUAGGGCCGGGAGUGCCGCCGUGACGCCCUCCACACCCUCGCCCCGGCCUGGCCGCUGGGUGCACACAAAGCCAUGAUGAGCCGCGGGUUUUGGCAGCCGCGUGACGCUAUGGGCGACUCCGCCUCCCAGAGCUAUGCAGGCAGAGGUAUGGAUCAUUUUUUGAGUGGCCUUGAUCAUGGAAGUAACCCAUGGUAUGGCUCCCGACCCACUGUAGCCUCCCAUGAAUUUGCUAUUGGCAAUAGCUCUUUUCAGUUGAUUCCAAUUCCUGGAAAUACAAACAACCAUAGUGUUUACCAGACUGUCGCAAGUCAAGUAAACUCGCAAUCAGCCUUCCGAGCCCCAACAGAGUCUCCUAAAGUAAAAUCUGAGAAGGAUGAUGAAGACAGAAGUGGUACACCCUCCCCUUCAGUAGCACUCACACCAUUAUCCACCAAUAUGGCCCAAAACAGUAACAAGGCCAAAUCAUGUGGAACUGGACGUUGGGAUACAAAGAAAGUCUGCAAUAUUUGUGGAAAAGUACUUUCUCGUGGCGACAAACUGAAGAAUCACAUCCGAACCCAUACAAACAAUUUCCCCUUCCACUGUGGCACGUGUGGUCAGGGGUUCCUCCGGUCUGAGGGGCUUCGCGUGCACACACGAAUCCAUACAGGAGAGCGCCCAUAUGUGUGCAUUGUGUGCAGUAAGGGCUAUACUAGAAAAGACAAACUCACCAGGCAUGCAGUUGUCCAUACUGGAGAAAGACCUUUUGUGUGUCAACAUUGUGGGAAGUCCUUCACACGGAAAGACAAGUUGCAGCGGCAUGAGAUGAUUCACAAAGUAGACAAACCCUUUACCUGUGUGCCAUGCAACCUGGAGUUUGUGCGUCAGGAAACCUUCAACACUCACAUGGAAAAGAAACACCCUGAGCGCCUCCCUUACACUGUAGUUCAGCAGCCUCGCUCUGUCAGCCCAUCAUAUCAGCCUCAGGGAGUCAAUCUUUCAAAUUUGUCGGAGAGUAAAAACAGCAGUAGCAGCACUAAUACCAAGGCGUCUGCCAGCAGUCAUAAGUUGUUAAGCACAUUACCCACAACAAGCUCUACACCAGCACUCCUGAGUGGAGCAUCACAAAGUGGCAGUGGUAGCUCUUCACCCGCUGGACAUUCUCUCCUCAGUGGCACAUCCCUCCUCAGUGGCACUUCCAUUUUCAGUGGCACAGUACUUUCAAGUGGAGUCCAAAAUGCUGGCAUUGGUGGAGCUCAUGUAUGAAGAUAUAUUUAAAAAUGCCUAACCUUCCUAAAUCAGACAUUCAUUUGGUAAUUAUUUAAGUCUAGCUGCUGGUGUUUGCAUUUAGAUUUUGAUACUAAUAUUUCCAUAUUCUUUUAGAUUAUAAAUAUUUAUGUGUGUAAAUAUAUAUAUAUAUAUAUAUAUAUAUACAUAUAUAUAUAUAUAUAUAUAUAUAUAUAUAUAUAUAUAUAUAUAUAUAUACAUAUAUAUAUAUAUAUUAUAUCAGAGCUGGGCAUUUCCGAUCAUCAGUCCAAUCCUCCGAUCUUCCGAUCUCAUCAGAACAGGAAUUGGCGAUUGGAAUGCAAAGAUUGGAUCAUUUUUGUAAAUGGUAAUCAGACUGUGGAGAUCGGAACUUCACAAACUAACUUCUAAUCACCAAUCUCUUAAAAAAAAUGUGGUUAACGUUGUCAUGGCAACAACUGACUGCGGACAUUUUUAAAACCUCAUGACUCACUUCUUACAAUUAUUUUUAUACACGUUGCUAAAUAGUUACUUCAAUAAGCGUCUUUAUUUAUAAUAUCAAAUGAUGAUUAUUGAUCGUUAAUUUAUUUAAUCCUGGUAAGGUAUCGUGAACGAAAUGAGCAGGCGCAAAGUCGCUUUACUUUCUUGGCGGGACGUGUCACACGACACCAUGACAGUGUGGUGUGGGCUGCAGUGGAGGACUUUCCGCUCACUCCAGUAACCGAGUCGCCUGCCUCAAUUGCCAGUUUUGCAUUUUCUACUGCAGUGUAACCACCCUCUAAUGGCGGCAGCGGCAGUUCCUUUACGGGAAACUAACAAGACCUAAACUAAGAGUGGGGGCUUUGACCCCCUCCUAACGGUGUGUGUGUGUGGGGGGGGGGUUAUGCUAAGUCUAUUGCACCCAUCCACCACUCUGUUGGUAAACCAAUUCUUGCCUAUGUCUUUGUUGAACCUAAACUUAUCCAACUUAAACCCAUUGCUACGUGUCCUAGCCGGCUCACUUAUAAUCAAAACCUUAUUGCUUAUGUUCUUCUUGUAACUUCCUUAUUUAUGAACCAAUUUUUUUUAUUCAAAAAGCUAUUUCAUCAGGAAUGAUAGGAGAUGAAUGAUCACUAUCGUUUGUUUUUAUACAAUAGUAAAAAAUAUUUCCUAAAUAUCGAUGACAAAAUAUUAAAAAACUGACAAAUAUUUGUCAAAAAUCUAAAUAAGUUCAUACAAUAGUUAGAAUAGCAAACAUAAUUCCUUUUUCAUACUCUCAUAAACUGAAUAAAAAGGGUAGAUUUUACCCGAAAAGGCCGAGAGGUCCCAUAUGGGACUGCGUCACCGCAGGCCGAUAGGUCCCUUAUGGGACAGCUACUUUACACGCGUAUCAAAACUGCGCUUUCACUGGUAACGCUGCUAAUUUGGCUUGAGGAGUAGGCUACACUGUUUCCCCGGACCAUCACCACCUCCCCCACGCACCCUACCUCUGUCCCAUAGACCGACCCCGGUAAAGUGACCACCACCUCUGCCACGCCAACAACGAGUGCUACGGCAGCUGUAGCAACGGUUGCUGCUUCUGCACAUGCCCCUAAACGUCCAAGGGGGACCAAAAAGGCUGCAAUGAUGUCGGGAGAUGAUGCACGCGGGCCAGUUAUACGGGGUCCAAUGCAGGCGGCCAGUCCUCCUACGCCUGAAAAAAAUCAAACUGUGACUGCCCCACUGUCACAGAGGGUCCAAAAACAAACAAACAGGCCCAUAAUAGACUGGGAAAAGGCCCUGAGCGCACAACGGACCGAGUCUGACACCUCAGCAGUCCAGCCCAGCUCGGAGGGUUGCACGCGCCACCACAAUCUCCAACUACCGGCGAUUAUUCUGAAGCAACCAGGGUGGGCUAAGCAAAAAUAUUUCACAUGCUGAUGUAUUUAUACUAACAGCUAAAAUUGCAAUGGACAGAGUCUGGCACCCUAGCAGUCCAGCCCAGCUCGGAUCGAGGGUUGCACGUACCAACACAAUCUCUAACUACCGGCGAUUAUUCUGAAGCAACCAGGGGGAGCUAAGCAAAAAUAUUUCACAUGCUGAUGUAUUUAUAUGUAUACUAACAGCUAAAAUUGCUUCCAGGUCAUUCUGCAAGAGUUGAUUUUAAGACGAUUAAUGCAGCUGUGGGGGGGGUAUCGUCGGCCUUUAUGGGUUAAAUAAAUGCCUAAAAUAAGAAGCUAAGAUAGCUUUUUUUUCCCUUACCAUGUCCUAUAUACCAAAAGAAAGGAAAAAUAAAGAUAUAAGCAAAUAAUUAAGUUAUUACUUAUUUGAAAUUAUUACUUAAAGAAUGCCUAAAAUAGGUGUUUCUUGUAAGUAUUAUUUUUUAAAAAUGAUGAUAAUAUAUUAUAAGUGUUAAUGAUCGGAUGAUCGGAAUGAAGUGAUCGCAACAGCAGAACUUGAAAAAUGAUUGGAUGAUCAGAAUCGGAUCAGUUGCCUAAAGUGAUCUGAUGAUUGGGGAUCGGAACAGCAAAAAAGUGAUCGGCGCCCACCACUGAUAUAUAUAUAUAUAUAUAUAUAUAUAUAUAUAUAUAUAUAUAUAUAUAUAUAUAUAUAUAUAUAUAUAUAUAUAUAUAUAUAUAUAUAUAUAUAUAUAUAUAUAUAUAUAGCCACACAGUAAAAGCUCAGUUAUCUGCAACUUGACAUUACCCACAUGGGGACUCUUGUCCGGACACCUAGCACCAUAUCCUCUUCUUGUGCAGAUAAUUUGUAGAAAUUUUACAUUAAGACUGAGAUGCACGAAACUAUCGCAAUAUACAUGUAACAGACAUGGGGUGAUUACUUAGGUUAUGCAAUUGAUUACGAUUACUUCAUAUUUUCACGAUUACGAUUACAAUAAAAUUAGGUGUAAUCGAUUACGAUUACAUGAUGUAUUAAUCGUGAUUACAGGAAGGACUGAAAGGUGAACUUGCAAAUUUCAUACACAUGUACCAUACUAAAUAUUUAAUUGUUUGAAUUACUACAGAUAGAGUACAUACUUGCUGUACGAGAAACUAUUAACUAAAACUUUGCUAAUGUAAUCGCAGAAGUAAUCACGAUUACGAUUACUUAAAAUAAAUAAGAGGGUAAUCGAUUACAAUUACUUGAAAAACUGUAAUUGAUUACGAUUACAGAUUACAAUUACCCCAUGUCUGACAUGUAACAUGGUUAAGUGGGAAAAUGAUUUGUAAAACAAUCACAAAAUUAGCAUAAUGGAUGAGUUAUGUCGGGAAUUCGUGCAGAUGGAAAGAAUUGCACCAACAAGUCCCCACAACCAACGCCUCAGUGAGAGUUUAGGGUGAGUUGUGGAGCCGCCGGUGAGUUUGUUUUUAGUGCAGUUUAUAACUCUGUUGCUGGUGGAACUGCAGCUGUAUUUCGUUUUUGCCUUACUACCACAACCUUUUCAAGUGUGCCAGGAUGGUCCUCUCUUUAGAGAAGAAAAAGGAAAUUUUGGCAGUUGGAGUUAGGCAAAUCAUGGAAAUGCACAGCUUAUCAAGGUUAUAGGCAUUUAGUGGUCAAGUGGUGAUGUCACAGGCUUAUGCCUUCUGAUUGGCUCGCUGUUUUCUGCUCUAAAACACUUUUCUAUUUUACUUCCCUCCCAGACAUUACAUAAAUGCAUAUUCUGCAAGUAUGAACAGUAUAUCAAGGGACCUGCAGUAUUAUCAUUUUCCAAGUCAAUUCAGCCCAUCUAAGCAUCAUGACCUCCCUAUCAUGUCAAAUUUUGUGAUAAUAUUAAACUCAAAAUAAAAUGCACCCCCUUCUGCCAGACACAGCUUUGCCAUACCCAAAUAAUAAGAAUGGUCCUAAACGUCUGCAAAUUUCCUGGUGUUGAUAUAAAUAGUUCAUUUUAAAAAACCCUCUUAAAUCAUUUUAACAGCAUUAUAUGCUUCAUACAAAAGAAAUGGUUGAUUACUUUGAUAAUAUUAGUAUAAAGAAACUACCCUGUAUAUGCACUUCAGCGUUGCCCUGUGUGGGAAAUAUUUACUCUGCUAAAAUUUUGAAAAAUGGCACUGUCUGGUAGGUACAUCCCCACUGCAAACAGGCUGAUUGACAAUUUAAUAUUCCAUGUUUAGUCUGGAGUUGGCUUGUAAAAAUCAUGAAAUUUAAGAGAUAAUAAUGCUACUCACAUCUACAGUUCUGCCAUAUUCCUAUUAUUUCCAUUUGUGACAUCACACAUGGGGGAAGGUUAUGGCCAAGCCCAAAUUUGUAGGACUGAAUAAGUGUUUUUAUGUAUCAAAUAUUGAAUGAAAAGAUUAGAACACAUCUUGAAAACUAGCAGAUUAGCAGACAUGCAACACAGGUUAGGUGUGCAAAUUCUCCUGACAUGACUUUAAGAUAAUCUGUACAAUCUUUAAGGAUCAUAAAAAUUCCUUUGACAUCA